AUGCAUACGGUUUACAAAAGUGAGAGUUUGAUUGAAUGUAGCAAUUUUUUAUUGUGCAGUAAAGAAGAGAUUGAGGAGUUUCUGGAAUUGAAUGAGAUAAAACAUGAUAAUGAAGAGACAUAUAUAAAUUAUAAUAUUGAAUGUGCAUUAAAUAAAAAUGUGCACGAUAAAAAGGAUGAAAUAAGUAACCGAAGAAAUAUAAUAACUAAUGAUAAUGUAACUGAAAAUAAAAAACAUGAAUAUGGUGUAUCAGAUCCUGUAUCUCUAGAUUAUCCAACAGAAGAAGAUUUAAAAAAAGGUAAUGAUGUUGUAGAAUUAUUAAAAAGUUAUAAUUUAUUUGAAACCGAACAAGCAUUAAAAAAAAGAGAAAAAGUAUUAGGUAUGAUAAAUAAAUUAUUUCAUGAAUUUGUAAUUGAAUUAUCUAUUAAUCAAGGAAUAAAUGAAGAAGAGGCAAAAGAAAUAUAUGGAAAUUUAUAUACAUUUGGUUCAUAUAGAUUAGGAGUAAUAACACCAAAUAGUGAUAUAGAUUGUAUAUUUUUAGCACCACAAAAUGUAACAAGAGAAAUAUUUUUUAAUGAGUUUUAUUUAAAAUUACAACAAGAUAGAAAUGUAAAAAAAUUACAAGCAUUACCAGAAACAUAUACACCUAUUAUUCAAUUUAUGUAUGAUGAUGUAGAUAUAGAUUUAUUAUUAGCAACAUUACCAUAUAGGACAUUAAAAGAUUGUCGUUAUACAUUAGAUAAUGAUUAUAUACUUAAAAAUUUAGAUGAAGUAACUGUUCGAUCUUUAAAUGGUAUACGGGUUGCUGAUUUAAUUUUAAAUUCAGUACCUAAUAAAGAUAAUUUUCGAAAUACUCUUAGAUUUAUAAAAUUAUGGGCAAAAAGAAGAGGAAUUUAUAGUAAUAUUUUAGGGUUUUUAGGAGGUAUUUCAUGGGCAUUAUUGACAGCUAAGAUUUGUCAAAUAUAUCCAAAUUAUAAUAUUAGUCAAUUAAUUUGUAAAUUUUUUAGAGUUUAUUCUAUAUGGAAUUGGAAAUAUCCUGUUCUUAUACAAAAUAUUAAAAAAUAUAAUGUUGAAGGAUUAAAAAAUUUUACUAUAUGGGAUCCAGAAAAAAAUGUUAAAGACAAAUUGCAUAUCAUGCCAAUUAUUACACCCGCUUUUCCUUGUAUGAAUUCAACACACAAUGUUACAUAUUGUACUAGAAGUAUUUUAAUCGAAGAAAUUAAACGUGCCCAUUCCAUUAUUAAUUAUAUGGAAUUAAAUCCAGAUGCAGAUAUUGGGCAAGUUAUGGAACAUGUCAAUAAUUUGAUGAGUCAUGGAAAUGCUAUUAAUAUUAAUAAUGUAGCAAAAUCUGGUGAUAUUGAAAAUGUUAACAUUCAUAGUAACAGUAGUAGUAUAUGGUCAUGUAUUAUUGAGCCUUUUGAUUUAUUUAAAACAUAUAAACAUUUUUUACACAUUCAAAUUAUGGGUACUAAUGAGCUUAUAUAUAAUUUAUGGAAAGGUUGGAUAGAAAGUAAAAUUAGGUUACUCUUUAAAAAGUUAGAAACUAUUAAUGAACUAAGAAUUCGACCAUUCCCUAAAUUUUAUACUUAUAAAAAAGACAAAUUUUAUUAUUGCUCUUCUUUUUUUAUUGCCCUUAUAUUUUUUUUUAAAAACCCUUAUGACAAUACUUUUAACUUGUCAUACGCAAUCAGAGAUUUUAUAGACAUUGUCCUAAACUGGCCACAAAAAAAUAAAUAUGCAAAUUCAUUUAAAAUUAACAUCAGCUAUCAAAAAGUAUCUCAGGUUUUGGACUUCUUGUCAAGCGUUUCAAAUGACACAAAGGAAAAUAAUGGAGAUAGUUAA